AUGGUCUGUGAUCCUUCCACCAACUGGACCUUGGUGACUGAGUUUGUCCUGUUGGGGUUCACCAGUCACCCAGGAUUGGCCCACCUGCUGUUUGGGCUCUUCUUAGUGAUGUAUGCAGUGACAUUGGCCGGCAAUGGACUCAUUAUGGCUGUGGUGUGGAUUGAUCCGGUACUUCACAGCCCCAUGUAUAUCUUCCUGGGUAGCCUCUCCUGCUCCGAGACAGCCUAUACUCUGGUGGUGAUACCACGGAUGCUUUGUGACCUGCUGGCCCCCCGCAGGCCUCUUUCCCUGGCUUCAUGUGCCACACAAAUGUUCUUCUUUGUGGCCUUAGGUGUGACCGACUGCCUGCUGUUGACUGCCAUGGCGUGGGAUCGUUAUGUGGCCAUCUGCCGCCCACUGCACUAUGGAGCUCUCAUGAGUCAUCAGAUCUGCUGGGGCCUAGUCAUGGGCUCCGUCUGUGGGGGUUUUGUGCUCUCGUCCUGCCUCACUGGCAUGAUUUUCUCCUUGCCUUUUUGUGCUCCCAACCAUAUCCCUCACUUCUUCUGCGACAUCCCCCCUGUUCUGAGCAGGACGUGUCCUGGUUAUGGGACCAUUGAGGUCACCGUCCCAACUUUAGUUGCCAUGACACUUAUCAUCCCUUUCUCCCUCAUCAUGCUCUCUUAUGCCUGCAUCUUGGUAGCUUCCCUGCACAUGGGUUCAACUCAGCGGUGCCACAAGGCCUUCUCCACCUGUGGAGCCCAUUUGACUGUGGUCAUCCUACAUUACGGCUGUGCCAUCAUCACGUAUGCCAAGCCUAAAAGCAGCUAUAUGGAAGGGAAGGACCACAUCCUUGCAGUGUCUUAUACUAUUCUUAUUCCCAUGCUCAACCCUCUCAUCUACACUCUAAGAAACAAUGAAGUCAAGGGAGCACUUCGGAGGGUGGUGAUCAGGGGUCUCUUUCUUCAUAAUGGAUAG